AUGGUUCGCUUGCGAGUGCGUGUGAACUUUAAAUAUAUAACUAGUGUGUUCCUUUUGGUGUUUGCUGUUAGCCAGUCUACCAUAGCAUGGAACCUAGAAUAUGCUCUGGACAGUGGAAGCUCGAGUCCGUUUCGCUAUGAUGUCGAAACUUUAGACCAUAGUAUUCGUCAGCGAAGAGAUGUGCCUCCGCCGCCCUUGCCCUCACCGGUAGCUUCGCCUUCUAACUUGACCCCAACGCAACCUGCUCCCCUGUCGUCUGAUCCCGCGCCAAUAACGAGCAACAUAACGUCGUCGAAUGCUACACCGGGCUCCAACAAAACUGCCAAUACAACUGAAAGUGCAGCACCAACUACUGCAACAUCAGUAACACAAACCCCAUUGCUGGGUGUCAACGGCUCGGGAAUACUGCAUGUGAACCUCACAGCAAAUUUGCCCAUCAAUCUAACGGAUACAAUGCCCAAAGUCAGCGACCCGAUCGUGCCGGAUGACAAUUUCACUGAUGUGUUCAAAGAAACACCGGAAAGGAUCGUGUCAGAGCAGAACCUUUCUAACUUGACCUACGACCACCACAACUUCUACAAUAGUACGUUCAUCGGUAACGUGACGUUCUUUAAGGAUUACUGGACGAACAUCACUAUCGAGAAGGCAGAAGUUCACCAAGUGCUCAGCAAUUCACACAGGAGAGCCACUUCGAUACAAUUGAGCUUCGAUUUCCCAUUCUACGGUCAUAACAUCCGCAACGUGACAGUGGCGACCGGGGGUUUCAUCUACACGGGCGAGCAUGUCCACAACUGGUUGGCAGCAACACAGUACAUCGCCCCGUUGAUGGGUAACUUCGACACCACGCUCACCAACGACAGUAAAAUUAAACUAUACGAUGAUGGUGAAAAGUUCUCAGCAUUCUGGGAGAAUGUCACCCUUCAAGAGGACACUACAAAGAAGUUCACAUUCGCUGUAACACUGUACAAGAACGGUGACAUCAUAUUCGCGUACAAAGAUAUCCCUAUAGACGUGCAAGAAAUCAACGACACUGAACACCCCGUGAAAGUCGGAAUCAGUGACGCUUACCUCACUGAUAAAAUUGUGUUCUAUGUCCGCCGCAAGACCAUCUAUGAGUACCAUCGCGUGUCUUUCAAGGACCAUCUGAUCACAAACAACACCGUACUCAAGAUGACAGCUUUGCCCACUUGCCUGCAGUACGAUACUUGCGACUCUUGUCUCAACCACAACACUGGCUUCAACUGCACAUGGUGCCCGCAGAUCCAAAAAUGUUCGAGCGGAACCGAUAGAAACAAGCAAGAUUGGUUGUUGAGAAAAUGUGAGAAGACUACAAUAGUGAACGCGACGGGUUGCGCGGCGACUCGUAUCGACGCUCCCACCGACGCGAGCGGGGUGCCAGCGACCGGCAACACGGCGUACACUACCGACCAGCAGAGCGCCCGACAUGACACCGUCGUCAAUACACAAGCGGACGCUCCGAAAUCGAACGCUGGACAAACAGGGCAGGCUGCGCAAGCUUCUCCCACGGUCGAAGCGCACUCGCCCCUAGGUGGCGCUGUCGCUGCCUUUAUCUCCAUCACGCUGAUCUGCGCGGCAGUCUCGUGGAUAUUUUAUGCAUUCAAGAACCCGCACACACGCAGCGGACAACUGCUAAUUAAGUACCGGCCGUCGCAAUGGAACUGGCGUCGCGGUGAGGCGCGCUACACCGCCGCCACUAUCCACAUGUAA